AAAAGAAAACUCUUUUAUAAAAAAAUUAAAAACCCAAAAAGAAACAAAACAAGGAGGAGAAGAGAGGGAGGGAGGAAGAAGAAGAAAGAAUUAUGAGUGGAAUAGGAAAAGGAAAAAAGAAGCUUUUAAACUCAUUAUAUAAUGACCAGCAAUCUCCUCCUUCCACUUCAGAAAAAAUUCUAACUCUUCUCUAAUAUUCGCUUUGCUUUGAUUUCUCUCUUUGUAAAUUCAUCCAUUCUUUCAGUUUUUUUCAGAAGAAGAAGAAGAAGAAGAUGGGGUUGUUAGUUGAAGUUAAAGAAAUUACUAGUAAUGAGAUUAAUAAUGAUAGUAGUUUGUUAGUUACACCUUAUAAUUUCUCAAUGGUUGAAAGAGGAAUUUAUAGAUCUAGUUAUCCCGAUUCAUCCAAUUUCUCCUUUCUUGAUACAUUAAAUCUCAAAUCCAUCAUAUGUUUGUGUCCAGAACCGUAUCCUGAAGAGAAUUGUAAAUUUCUUCGAUCCAAGAAUAUUCGGCUUUUUCAAUUUGGAAUGGAAGGAACAAAGGAGCCUUUUGUGACUGUUUCCAAAGAUACUAUCACGGAGGCUCUAAAAGUCAUACUUGAUGUGAGAAAUCAUCCAAUCAUGAUUCAUUGUAGACAUGGAAAGCAUAGGACAGGCUGUGUUAUUGGUUGUUUGAGGAAAAUGCAGAAUUGGUGUUUGCCUGCUGUACUGGAAGAAUACCAGAGAUUUGCAGGUGCUAAAGCUAGGCCAACUGACAUGAAGUUCAUUGAGAACUAUGACACUUCACGCCUAAGCCAAUGCCUCUACGGUAUCAUCUACCGCUAUGUUUCUCAUAAUCGUCGUUUGGUUUACCAAGAAGAGAGCGUGCAGCAAAAGCGGAUCACUUCCAUUUAGCAAUGUAACCCAGACUACCAUACUGGAACGUGUACACUACUGCCGCAUUUGUAGGGGGGUGGGCCAAUAUCUGCGUUUUACGAUUUAUAUGAUAUUUUUAGUUCUGUUCAAAGAAUCUAUCAUUUCCUUUUUCUUUUCUUUCGUUGCGCAAUACACUUUCAUACAAGGUGAUUUGAAGUUAGCUAGUUUUAGAGAGAUCAGAAGAUCUAGGAUGCAGGGUUUUUAAUGAUGCUACUGUUGCUUCUGUAAACAUUUGGUGUGUCUUUUUUGUAUCACCAUUCAUUGUCAAAACCCUUGAGAGCAAAAAUGGCUUUAGAAGAGGUUGUAACAGAAACAGAGAUUAUUUACUCUGGUCAUUCAUUCAAAAAAGAAAUUACAAAGUGUUCA